GUUUUGGGUAAAAAAAGGUUGGCUACUAAAAAUCAUCCAUCUGCUAAUUUGGCUGUAAAGUAAUCGGAAUCAGCUAUAAAAGUCCAUUAUUGGUGCAUCUCUAUAACGCAUAACUGUCAGAGAUUACAUAUGUGGUAGGUUCAGUUUUAGUGACGACAGUUCUGAUCAUUGUCAUGUUUUCUUUUCCUUUUUCAUUUACUGGAUGUUCCAUGUAUUUGUGUGUUUAGAUUAGUGUUCAACUAAUAUGUAGCCCUGGUUGACACUGGUUGUCUUGGCUAACAAAUACUGUUAAAAUGUAAAUACCUGGUUUUACAUGAUAUAUCAAUUUUGCUCAGUAAAAAAUUAUAACUUACUCAUUUUAUUAUUUGAUUCAUAUCAUAUUAACAUAAAGAAUGUUCUAGAGUGUCCUAAGACUGUCCUAGAACAUGAGGGCUGAAUCACUGUUUAGAGUGAUAGGAGCUUGGACACAAUCUCUGUUCUCUUUGAACUCCAGUAGUUCAAUAUUAACUCAAGAGCAGCAGGGUAAGAUUUUGUGGGAUUUGGUAGCAGCUCUUCAGCUCUGUGUGAUGUUUCAGGUCUUUUCAGGAUUGUAGGCACUCUAAAAGAAUGGGAGCAGUACCAGCACCUCUCCUGGUUACACUUCUCCUCAGCCAAGUGCUCCAGCUUACACUCUGUUACGAUGUUUUUAUCGAUGGCAAGAGAGCCUCUCAAGUUAUUCGAGUGAGGAGAGCAAACACACCCUUUGAGGAGCUGAAGCAAGGAAAUCUGGAGAGGGAGUGUAUAGAGGAGAUCUGUAGCCAUGAGGAGGCUCGAGAAGUGUUUGAGCAAACUGAUAAAACGACUGUAUUUUGGGAGAAAUACUUGGCUUGUACUGGCAGCACAUUAAAGAGGACUGCAGAAAAUAUUGUCAAAAUUAGAACUUGUAUACGUCUGACAGAUAGUAGCUGCUACCUUAAUAUUGGUGAACACUACAGUGGUAAUGUCAGCAUCACUGUGUCUGGAAAGACAUGCCAAUACUGGAAAAGCAACUUCCCCCACAAAAUCACCGAGGUUAAUGCAACAGAGCUGAAGCUUCCAGAGAAUUUCUGCAGGAACCCAGACAAGAGCCCUAGCGGACCCUGGUGCUUCACUAGUGACCCCACUCUCAGGAGAGAGAAAUGCGCUGUGGCAAAAUGCGGUGAGGCCUUACAACUUGUUCCAACUGUCCCUGUAAAGCAAUGUGGGACCUGCAAGCCUAAAUGUCUUGCUGGCAGUGGGGAGACCUACACUGGAAAUUUGUCUGUGACUCUGCAUGGCCACACCUGCCUGGACUGGAGCCUGCCCAAAGUAAAGGCCCUGAGUGUGGGGAACGAUUUCAAACCAGAGGUGCAGCUAUUGAAGAACCACUGCAGGAACCCUGAUGGAGAUCUGGAGGGACCAUGGUGCUAUGUGAAGAGUGCAGCUGGAAACAUCACUAUGGACUACUGCAAUCUAGAGCUGUGUGAUGCUCCACUGGAAGGGAAGGUAGAGGAGGAGUCAGAUCGAAAGAGGACAACCAGUGAGAAAAGGAGUAGUUUCUUCAGGCCUCGCAGCUUUGGCCAAGGAGAAGAUGAAUGUGGAGUGCGCCCCCUGUUUGAAAAAGUCGGCAAAGCAGAUGAAACAGAGGCUGAACUCAUCAAAUCAUAUGCUAAAAGAAUUGUGGGAGGUGUAUCUGCUGAAGUAGGAAGUGCUCCAUGGCAAGUGAUGUUGUUUAAGCGUAGUCCACAGGAACUGCUGUGUGGAGCCAGUUUGAUCAGUGACCAGUGGAUCCUCACUGCUGCGCACUGCAUCCUCUAUCCGCCAUGGAGCAAGAACUUCACUAUUGAUGACAUUCUUGUCCGCCUUGGAAAACACCAUCGCGCUAAGUAUGAGAGGGGCACUGAGAAGAUUGUGGCAAUUGAUGAGAUCAUCGUUCAUCCUAAAUAUAACUGGAAAGAGAAUCUGAAUAGAGACAUCGCUCUGCUGCACAUGAAGAAACCCGUCACCUUCACUAAUGAGAUCCACCCUGUCUGCCUGCCCACCAAAAGUGUUGCAAACUUAUUGAUGUCUGAAGGCUUCAAGGGCCGUGUGACAGGCUGGGGUAACCUGAAAGAGUCAUGGACGUCAAACCCUCAGAACCUGCCUUCAACGCUACAGCAAAUCCACCUGCCUAUUGUCAACCAGGACGUCUGCCGCAAGUCCACCUCUAUCCGUGUCACUGACAACAUGUUCUGUGCAGGUUACAGCCCAGAUGACACACAGAGAGGUGAUGCCUGUGAAGGAGACAGUGGAGGACCUUUUGUAAUGAAGAAUCCUGAUGAUAUGCGCUGGUAUCAGAUUGGUAUUGUCUCAUGGGGUGAGGGCUGUGACCGGGAUGGUAAAUACGGAUUCUACACUCACCUGUUCCGCAUGCGCCGCUGGAUGAGGAAGGUCAUCGAAAAAUCGGAUUCUACAGAUGAUGACUGAUGUCCUUGAGACCACACAAGAGUGAAACCAAUCUCUCUAGAGUUUUAUCCAACUGCAAAUAAAAUUUGAUUCUUCACAAUGUUUUA